AAAAGGCGCUUUGUUCAAGACAAGGGCCUGAGUGUCUGACCCUCCUUCGCUAGCUCCGCUAUCCGUACCCCGCGCCCUGGUGGCUUACGGUCUAACUACCUUGAAGCGACGGUUGCCCAAGAAAAAGAUGCACCAAUAACCAUCCUGCGGUUACGGCAUAGGUGGUCAAAACAUGAAGGAGGACUUGCAAAGCGUGGCCCGACGAGAACUGGGAGAAACUCCGGAAGUGAAACGAAAGUCUUUGGCGGAAUUACGGGAGCUCCUUGAAGGAGAAAAAGAGCUCGUGGUUCCUCCGGACGACGUCCUAGUCAUGUUUCUUCGUUCCAAGAAGUACAGAGUGCAAGAUGCAUAUAAGACAAUCAGAAAAUACCUCCGGGCCCGCAGGGACGUGCCAGAGUACUUCGACAACCUAACACCUUCGAGCAUUCCGUACGAGGCGUUCUUCCACGAGCACAAGCUCAUCAUGUUCGCCAGGAAUUCGCAAGGACAUGCAGUGGGCUACCUUCAGUUCGGUGCCUGGAACAGCACCAUCUGCUCAAUUGACGACCUCAUCAGGUGCGCAUUAGUAGCCACGGAAUCUAACCUACGUGAAGAGGAGACGCAGAUACGUGGUCUUAUCGGCGUCAUAGACCUCAAGGGCUUCGGUGCUCACCACAUGAUGCUGAUGACCCUGCGCUUUGCGCGACGGGUCAUCUCCAUUGGACAGGACUCACUGCCAAUUCGUUUGAAGGGAAUCUACUACCUCAACACUCCAGCUGUCUUCAGGAUUGUACACGCACUCGUCAAACCAUUCCUCUCUGCGAAAAUGUUGAAAAGGUUACAGUUCCUUGCAGGUGGUAUCUCGGAACUUCGUGACAUUGUGCCUCCAGAACUAAUACCUAAGGAAUUCGGUGGGACGCAAGAAGACUUUGAUUUCCACAAACAAGAAAAAUUCUUCCACAGCAAGGCCGGAUACUUUGAAGAGAUGCUGAAGCGUGGCUACCCGAGGAAGUGAACGAAAUGCUAAGCCACGCCGAGGAGACCUUUUUUUUAAUUAUCACCAUUUUAGUUAUCACACCCCAGUCAACUUUCAGCAACAAGUCACAAUAAGAUCGGAAACUUUUUGUGUAAUUGCUUGGUGAGACAGUGCAGGAAAAUGUUUUCCUUUUAAACCGCGUGUUUGAGCACACAAAAAUACUUUUUGUGGGCUCAUGCAUUACAAAAAAGAAUGGAAAACGUGGACUGAACAAAAUUGCAUUUUAAUUUUAUGAUAUAUGCUUCCUAUAUAAAUUCACUGAACGCGAUCGAGUGCUGUAUCCUAUAUAGCAAGAACCCCCAUCAUUUUUUGCUCAAAUACGUCUUUGGGUGUAUAUUUAUCAGUAUUCGUGCGAAUUUGCGAAGACGGCAUAUGUAAAUAAAUGUUUUCUCUUUUUU